ACUCUUAAUGGAACUCUCACACUCAGAUUCAAAUCAGAAAACUUGAGAUCAAUCGGAGAAGUAAGAAGAAGAUGGGAGCUUUCGGGAAGCUGAUCGACGCGAUCCUCUUCUUAUUCUUCGCCUUAAUGGUGUUCAUCCCACCGCUCUUCGACGCGCAAACGGUGCUUCCUAAACAAAUCUACCCGGCGAUUCUCACCGAUCUGAACCGCAACUACAUCGCCGACUUCGGAGACUACUUGCUCGCGGAGGAGCCGCGUUUCCUCGUCGGACUCAUCUGGCACGAGCUCGUACUCCUGUGGCCGCUCUCGAUCGCCAACGUCUACGCGAUUCUCGCCGGAAAGUCGUGGUUCGGCACCACGUGCUUGCUCUACGGAGCUUCCGUCGUCACUUCCAUGUCUGCAGUCCUGGGAGAGAUGCUAGGUUCUGGGAAGGCGUCUGAGAAAUUGCUAAUGAUGUAUGUGCCUUUCAUGGGUAUUGGGAUACUGGCUACUCUUCGUGGUUUGGUCUCUCGUUCAACCAAGAGCGCCGGAUCUGUCGACAAGAGAUCCGCUGUUAAGCCUAGGAGGAAGCUGGCCUAGAAGAGGUGGGUUCUCGUUUGUGAUGGUUGGUUCUAAUUUUUCCUUUUUUCUUUUAUGUACCUUUGGUUGAAAGCGUUUCCUCUGAACUCUCUUUGUUUGGUCUCUCAGCAACAAUGAAAUGUUUCCUUGAUUGAAUUCAAAUUCAUUGCUUUUGAAAA